AUGCUCCCCAGCGCCUCGGCCCCGCGGGAGGGAGGUUGGGAGGCAGGGGACAGGGAGGCUCCGCCGCCGCUAGAUCUCUGCCAGGACCUCUCCCUCCCCGCACCAUCCUCGCCGCCCGGCUCAGCGCCGCCGCGGCCGCUCGCACCCCGCCCCGCCGCAGGCUCUCGCCCACGGCCCGCGGCGGUGCCGGGCCCCCCCCCGCAUCCCGCCCCCUCCCCCGGCGCACGGGAGCGGCUCCCCGCCGGCGCCCCUGGCUUCGCUGCGCUCUGGCCCCGCAGCAAGGUGAGAAAAACGCCCGGCUUCCCCCUUCGCCAACCAGAGAGCGGCGACUUUCUCUUCACCCUUCUUUACGAGCCUCUAUCCGGCUUUCCCCCCGGCAGCCAGACCCCGAAGCAGCAGCUGCCACCACCUCUUCAUUUUCAGGGGGAGGCGGUAACCACCGCAGCGCCGGCCGCCCGCCCGCGGGAGGAGCCGGCGGGGGACGGGACCACACAGGCGCGCACCCUCCGCCCCCCUCGGCCGGUCGGUCACUCAGCCGCUUCUCGGCGAUGGGGCAGCAGGUCCCACGCACCAGCCAGCCCGGCCCGGCCCUCUCCCCGGCCACUGGAGAGCGGUGACUGCACUAACUCUUCUCCAUCGCCACCUCCCCGCAGGCAGCCGCCCGCCGGCCGGGCUGGAAGCGCAGGGCAGCGAGGCGAGCAGCGGCUGUCCGCACUGGAGUCCCGCUCCCGCUGCCGCCGCCUCCCGCUCGGCCGAGCCGCCUCCGCCCCACGCUCCGCUGAACCGCGAGCGGUGUGUGCCGCCAGCCCCGGGCGGCAACCGCGUCCGGCUCCGCUGCCGCUGCCGGGCCGAGGGCGGGCGAGUCCCGCCAGCGAACGAUGGGCACGGAGAAGCCCCACCCGCGCGGCCCGACCGAGCAGGACUCGUGCCCACCCCGUGCGGUCUACGGCGAUCGGGACACGCCCCUCCGCCCGCCGGGAGUUGUAG